CAUGACGUAGCGUGACGUGUAUGCGUGCACUUGAUAAUCCGUCUAGACGAGGCAGUGUGAGACACGCGGGAGGAGCAGAACCGAUCCGCACGGACCCGCAGCAGUCAUGAACAGCAUGAAGAGUCUGAUGAGAGGCGUGCCGCCCGUCCUGAGCCGUGCAGUGCAUUCUGGGACACGCACGUCCUCCGCGGCGUCCAGAGCCAAACCAGCGGAGCGUCAGCUGACACCAGAAGAGGUUUACGCUCGAGAGGAUCGAUACGGCGCUCACAACUAUCACCCGCUGCCCGUGGCCCUGGAGCGAGGAGAAGGGGUUCACGUGUGGGACGUGGAGGGCCGCAGGUACUUUGACUUCCUGAGUGCGUACAGCGCUGUAAACCAGGGUCACUGUCACCCCAAGAUCAUCGCGGCGCUCACGGCGCAGGCCUCGCGGCUCACGCUCACCUCCAGAGCCUUCUACAACGACGUGCUGGGCGUCUACGAGCAGUACAUCACACGCCUGUUCGGAUACGAUAAAGUGCUGCCCAUGAACACAGGUGUGGAGGGCGGAGAGACGGCCUGUAAACUGGCCCGUAAGUGGGCGUACACGGUCAAGGGCGUCCCGAAAUAUGAGGCGAAGAUCGUGUUUGCAGCGGGGAAUUUCUGGGGUCGCACGAUGGCUGCCAUCUCCAGCUCGACGGACCCCAGCAGCUUCGAGGGGUUCGGACCCUUCAUGCCCGGCUUCGAGCUGAUCCCGUACAACGACAUCACUGCGCUCCAGAAAGCACUUCAGGAUCCAAACGUGGCUGCGUUCAUGGUGGAGCCGAUCCAGGGAGAAGCAGGUGUGAUCGUUCCUGACCCUGGUUACCUCACCAAAGUCCGGGAGUUAUGUACCAAACAUAAUGUUCUGUUCAUUGCUGAUGAGGUGCAGACCGGUCUGGCCCGCACUGGACGGCGUCUGGCUGUGGACCACGAGGCGGUGAGACCAGAUCUGGUGAUUUUGGGUAAAGCUCUGUCAGGAGGAGUGUAUCCGGUCUCUGCUGUUCUGUGUGAUGAUGAGGUGAUGCUGACCAUCAAACCUGGAGAACACGGAUCCACGUAUGGAGGAAACCCUCUGGCCUGCCGCGUCGCCAUCGCUGCUCUGGAGGUUCUGGAGGAGGAGGGUCUGGCUCAGAAUGCGGAUCUGAUGGGUCAGAUUCUUCGCUCUGAGCUCAGGAAGCUUCCGCUGGAGAUCGUGAGCGGCGUCCGUGGGAAAGGCCUCCUGAACGCCAUCAUCAUCAAAGAGACCAAAGACUAUGAUGCCUGGAGGGUGUGUCUUCGUCUCCGUGACAACGGUCUGUUGGCCAAGCCCACUCACGGUGACAUCAUCAGGCUAGCCCCGCCCCUCAUUAUAAAGGAGGAUGAGGUCAGAGAGUGUGUGGACAUCAUCAGCAGGACCAUCCUGUCCUUCUAAACCACUGGAAUCCUCUUCAUCUUCAUCAUCGGGGUGGUGUUCACCUCUAAUUCUUCAGAUUUUAGCCUGUUUGUGUUGUUCUGGUGUAUUUCUCAUGAGCUGUUACAGAUCCGCUCGACGCUCAUGGAGACUUUUAGUGCUUUCAGAGUUACGCUUGUUUAGUCUUUAUCAUUCUCAGCUGAGCUUGAGAUUCUGGAAUAGUAGUUUCUCUCUGGAUGAAGGUCUGUUUUAGUUCUGAUGAAGUGUCAUAAAGGUUUCUGAAGGCCAACGCUGUGACGUUUACAGUUUCUUUCCUCCAGAGGAAGAUGAACGAAGGUCACUGUCACAGUGUUUCAGACAUGUUUAAAAACUUGAAGAGGAGUUUUUCUUCCAGUGACGAGAGAAGAGUGCACUUUAACCGCAGUCAAACUGAAUUAUUCAGUGUCACGUUCUGCUGCACUUAUUAAUGAUUAUAAUUAACAAUGCUUGAUAUUAAUGAGGAAUGAAACUUUGUGAAAACAGCAUGUCAGAAAGAGAGUGUGUGUAGGAGCGAAGAGUGUUUGUGUUUGCUGUGGAACGGAUGAAGUGUGUGUUCACACAUCACACGAGGUUUUAUUUCUGUUCUUAAAUAAACCUUCAGUCAGCUGAGAGACUCUG